AUGCCAUCGGCCAAGCGGGCUUAUCUGCACGCAAUUAUCGAGCGCCUGGAGGAAUUGAACCCGCGACCUGCUCCCACGGAGCACAUAGAUGAGAUCACGGGAGAGUGGCGGCUGCUCUACAGCACCAUCGCCAUUCUUGGCUCAAAGCGCACCAAGCUGGGCCUCAGAGAUUUCAUUUCUUUGGGUGACUUCCUUCAGAUUGUGGACAAGGAUACGAGGCGAGCAGCCAACGUGGUGGAAUUUUCAGUGAGGGGGUUGGGGCUGCUGUCAGGGAAACUCACCAUCGAAGCCACUUACACGGUUGCCUCUCCCACUCGGGUGGACAUCAAAUUUGAGAGCUCCAGCAUCGUACCAGACCAGCUGAACAAGCUGUUUGAGAAGAACUACGAUUUGCUCUUGAGGAUAUUCAACCCGGAUGGAUGGCUCGAGAUAAC